AGGUGACUUUACUUCCGCAAUGACAUAAAAGCUCUGCGUCCUCCAUAAUAAAAGCCCGGGUGUCCUAAAUAACUUUUUACUUUUGAUACUAAAGAUGGACAACGACAGACUGACACACAUAUAUAAACUGUGAUGUUAAUCCAUUUAAUGGAUUAUAUAUUUGAAUUACAGAUUAAACCAAAAGUUACAGUUCUGUCCAAGUUAAAAAUUACUAUUAUUCUAAGACUAGGAUUGGUUUAACAUUGGAUAAAACUGUCUAUUAAAUGGCACAGUUAAAAUUGCAUUUUUAAUCUAACUACAUGGAUAUGCCAACAAAGCUAACUUCACCAAAUCAAUCAGUUCAGUCUGUUGAUUUCACACACAAAAAAAAAUGUUCAUGAAUUGCAUAGACAUAUUUAAAUAUAGAGUCAAUUUCUGUCAAUGUCCCCGAGUCACAUCAUUUAAGAUUUGUUUACAAAAUUAGUACCUGUCAGGUUAAACCGGUUCUAUAUUUACCAUCAUGAAAAGAAAGCAGCUGAAGCACACAGAAUACACUCCCUCUUUGGCCAUAAGGAAGUAAGACUCUUUUAAACUGCGACCUGAAAGUGAGCAUAUCAGAAGAGAGACUGCCAGUAGACAGACUAGACAGCAGACGAUAUGUCCGCCUCAGAGGAAGAGUGUCCUGUAUGCAGGGAAAACAUACAGAAUCCUUCUCAGCCAUCUCCAUGCUGUGGAAAAGUAAUUUGCCAGCAAUGCCUCAGUCAAUCUCUUCGAUAUAGGCUUCACUGUCCAUACUGCAGAAGCUCAGUAAACAACCGUGAUUCUGCCCGUAAUCCAUUGGUAUCUCCUGGUAGGAGGAGUCAGCGACGCCAAAUACUGCCGGGGAAUAGUCAAGUAUUUAAUUCAAGAAGACCUGUUGGCUCAAACAUACAGAAUCUGCUCGGCCAGCUUCGAUAUUCACUGGCACAAGAGGCAGACAUUGACUCUCAAGCCAGUCCACCCAAUCAGGCUGCCCGGACACCCGCCCCGCAAAAUCAAGCACCUUUCCCUUUAAUUUCCUCUGCACGGCCUGUUCCUACACCACGGAUAAGAGUUCAACCUGCAAAUUUAAUCGCUGCCCGACAGCCUGCACCCAUUAAUGCUGCUCCGAAUGGUUUUAUUCAAGCUCCCUUGCCACCUGCUCCAGCUCCUUUGCUGCUAAACCCCACCCCGUCCCAGGAAAAUUUGCAAGCUGAGCUUGAUGACUGGCCAUGGCACACGGAGAUCAGUCUAAUGGGGAUGAAUCCACAACCUCAAGGUUUAACUGUGAGGACAUUUGUCUGUCCGUUCUGCCGGGAUGAUGGACUUGAUGAACUCGAUCUACGUGAUCACUGCAAUGAACAUCAUGCCAAUGACAGCAGACAUGUGGUGUGUCCAGUGUGUGUGCAGACGCCCCACGGUGAUCCACAGUACUACAGCCGCAAUUUCAUUGGCCACCUUAACCUGCGUCACUGCUACUACCUGGAUGAUAUGACUAACCUCAACCAGACGGAUGAGAUGAACAUUCAGUGUGCAAUUCUAGCAUCAUAUAAGGAAAAUAUUUAGUCCUCAUUUUCAGAAACAUGACAACACAGUUUUAAGUUUUUUUUAACAUCAUUAAAACUGCGAAACUGUAAAAUCAUUAAAAUAUAUGGUAUAUCAAAUAUGUGAUACAUGUAAUGUGAAACAUGAUACUGUAUGUGGUUGGAAAUAUUUUGAUUGAACAGAAAAUUAUUGUGAUUAAGGGGUAUUUUACGAAGUAAUGUGUUGUCAUAUUCUAUCUGAUGCAUCUCAGGUAUUGUUCGUGGUUUUAAAAUUACUAUUAAUGAUUAAGCUGCCAAAAACAUUUUGCACAUUUUAGCUUUCCUUGCACUUUCUUUUCAGAUACAAGAUUUAUGUAACACACACAUACGUUUGUGAUAUUGUUUGUGGGAUUUACUUUCUAGGAAAAUGUAUCAAUGAAUUAUUCAAGUGACACCAGGCUCUGUUAAUGUAUUUAUGCUGCACCCCAAUGUAAAAAAAAAAAAAAUCCAUCACAGUAUGUAGAAAAUAUAUGCAAUUAAAGAAAUAGUUAACCCAAAAAAUGAAAAUUUACUGACCCUCAGGCCAAGAUGGAGCUUUUUCUUCUUCAUCAGAACCAGUCCUCUGCAGAGAAUGGGUGCCGUCAGAAUGAGAGUCC